GAGGCUGUCGUUGGUGCUGAUUAAUGUAUAGAGCAAUCAGAUCGGAUUAGUGAUAAUCUAAUAAAAACAAUGCCAAUCAUGAGCACGUUGUUGCGAGUGUUUUUUCUUCUGGCAUUGGCAUUGGGAAGCGCGGCAAAGCCAGAGAUAGAUGCCGGGAAACUCAAACUCUGGCUGACCAUAAGCGCGCGUAAAAGGUUUCUCGGUGUUUCUUGGAAGAAUGCACCGGCUCGGGAGGGUGACAAUGUGAUAAUAACUGUGCAGGAUGCACUCAGUUUCGAGCAAAGGACACUACCAACGGGUACGCCUAUAGCGAGCUUCGAUAACGUGGAGGGCAGUGGCUCUGCCGGUAGUGAGGAUCAGGCGGACUAUGUGCCAUUUCAUGGCUACAUCAGCAGGCCUACCACCGAAAAUACUUCAACACCAAUCAACUCUUUCGCCACCCCGGCACCGCGCCAAUAUUGGGUAGCAAAUGGCGGUACCAAUCCCAUUGUCGCCGCCAUCAAGCCGACCCUCUCCGCCCAGUGGUUCACAACCGGAGUGCCCUUUGAUUAUGCGCUGUCGAGCAAUGUCACCAUUCAUACAACGUGCUACGGCUUUUGGGCCAAUUACAUCGAUGCCAGAGGCAAUAUUAUGGCAAAAACGUGUCUUCGUGUCUAUCCGCAUUGGAUGAACGAGCAGCGCCUACUGGUUGGCAACAAGCGACUACGUGAUCUUUUCAUACCCGGCACCCACGACUCGGGCUCCUAUAGACCCAACUUUGAUCCCCUAUUGCGCGAGAACUUAGUCACCAAGUACUCUCUGACCCAGGACGACGAUAUACGUGGCCAGUUGAUGCAUGGUGUUAGAUAUUUGGACAUACGGGUGGGCUACUAUCGGGCAUCACACGAGAAGUUCUUCAUAUACCACGGCAUUACCAAGCAACGACCCCUGCAAGAGGUAAUCAAUCAGGUGAGGGAUUUCGUGCACGAAACCAAUGAGAUUGUAAUUUUCGGCCUAAAGGAGUUUCCAGUAGGCUUUGGCAAGGGAUUGGGCGUCCAUCGGCUUCUCGUCAGCUAUUUGCGCGAACAAUUUGGAGAGCUCAUUGUGCAUCCUUCGCUGAGUUGGCGCGCCACUUUGCGCGACAUCUGGACAAGGAAGCAGAACGUCAUCAUCGCCUACGACAAGCACGCUAUAGUCCAGGAGUUUCCGCAUACAGUUUUUGGCGGUGUGGAGCAGCGUUGGGGCAAUGUGCAGACUUGGCCGCGAUUGGAGCGACACCUCCGCGACAUUAACACCUUCGAUGUUUCGCGUUUUUCGAGCCGUCCUGUGGUUGACAUGGCCGAGUUGACUCCCGAAACUUGGGAUGUCAUUCUGGAUAAGCCUGGCGGUCUACGAAAGAUGGCGGACAAUGUUAACUGGCGUAUCUCGCAACUAUAUCGGGAGGAGUUAGGCGAGCAUGCAAACAUAGUGGCCGCCGAUUUUAUUCGCGGCACUACACUAGUGGAAACUGCCAUCGAGUGGAACAACCGAAAGUUUUCAUAAAUAUAAAAAUGUUCAAGGUUCAUUUAAUUAAGGACAGUUGAUGAAUAGGUCGGCAA